AGUGUCCACCAAAAUACUUUCAGUUGCGAGCGGACCUCUGCACGGAGUGGAACAAAAUCUGAAAAGCAAAGAGUACAGUCCGCGGAAAACGUUCAAUUAAUAGAAGCAAGAAGCAAUAUAUAUAAUCUAAUUUUUCUCAUAUAUACCCUACAUUUAUUUCGGCUGUGUAUAUACGAACACCGUAUAUAUGUAUCAGUGUACCAAAAGUUGUUAUACAUAAAAUAAAUUGCGAAAGAAAGAAAUACCAUUAUCAACUAAAAAUAGUGCACGAUUCUCAAAGGAAUACAAAUUUAAUAACGAAAUAAUCCCAAACGACGAGAACGAAUUAAUUGCAAAAUAUAGCCAAAAAGAGCAGACACGCGCACGCAUGUUCGAGUUAAGGGUCUAGAGUACUGUCCACACACCACAAACCGAACCGAGGAUAGAACCGUUACCGACUGUGAGUGGGCGAUCAAAGGAUGACUUUCACUCGCCUCAAGACUCUGUCGCUGCUCGUGUGUGCUCUGCUGGCACUGAGUUUUCCCGGAUAUGUGAAUGGCGCUAACAACAGCAAGAAGGGCUCGCAGCCAGCGGCUCCCGUUGAGCCGGAGGCCGUUAUCGAGGAGGUCAAUGCCAAGCAGCUGGAGAAGCUUCUGGCCGACAAGGAUUACGUGGCCGUCUUCUGGUAUGCGCGUAGCUGCGUGACCUGUGAUAAGGUUUUAGCGGAACUCGAGAAAAUCGACGAUGACACCGACUCCUUCGGUGUGGACUUUGUGAAAAUCAACGACAAACGACUGGCCAAACAGUAUGGCAUUAAGAAUUUCCCCGCCCUCACCUACUUCAGGGAAAAAGAACCCAUCAUUUACGAUGGCGAUCUCAUGGACGAGGAGGGAGUGCUCGACUUCCUUACCUCUCUGGAGGCCAUGGAUCUGCCCGAUCGCAUCGAGGAGGUCAAUGCCAAGAUAUUGCAGAAGAUCAUCGAGGACACCGAUUUCGUAGCCGUUUUAUUCUGUCCAGAUCAUGAAACAUGCCCGCCCAGGGUUAUGGACAAGCAGCAAUGCCGCAAGUGCGCCAAGGCUUUGCAGGAGCUGGAGAAUAUCGACGACGAAGCUGAUCAGCUGGGCAUUGGGUUUGUGAAAAUACACGACGAGGCCUUAGCCGAUGAAUACAAUCUUGGCAAUCUGCCAGCCUUGGUCUACUACCGCCACCAGACUCCGAUCAUUUACGAAGGUGAACUUCAGCGGGAGGAAGACGUCUUGGAAUGGUUGGUGCAGAAUAAGUCGACUGGGGACGAAGAUGAUGUUAUUGAGGACGUCACUUCGAAGACUCUGUCGACGCUGAUCAGCAAUAUCGACAACCUGGUUGUGCUAUUUUAUGAUCAUGGAAAUGACGACUCGAUGACCGUGUUGGAGGAGCUAGAGCAAAUCGACGACGACUGCGACAAGCAUGGCAUUCAGUUUGUGAAAAUCGACGAUGCCAAGGCGGCAGCCGAUUACGGAAUCGAUUCGAUUCCGGCCAUUGUUUACUUUGAAAAAGAAAUUCCAAAUGUGUACGACGGCGAUCUCAUGGACGAGGAGCAGAUUCUGAAAUGGUUGUUGGGACAGUUGGAACGGGAUGAGAUCGAGGACGUCACCGACGAAAUGCUCGACACAAUGGUCAAAGAAGGACGCGUCAUUGCAGUGCUGUUCUACGACAACAACGACAAGAAGUCCCAGAAAGUGCUCGAAGAGCUCGAGAACAUUGACGACGAAUGCGACGCGUUGGGCAUUACUUUCGUGAAGAUCGACAAUCCCGAGGAGGCCGUUGAAUAUGGCAUCAAUAAAGUUCCUAAACUGAUAUACUUUGAAAAAGGCAUUCCAACUAUUUACGAAGGCAAUCUGGAGGACGAGGAGAAGCUACUAAAAUGGCUAACGGACCAAACGAGUUCCGAUCAAAUCGAGGACAUCACCGACGAAAUGUUGGAUUUGAUCAUUGAGAAAAUGCCACACGUUGCUGUCCUCUUCUACGACAAAGACCAAAAGAAAUCACAGAAAAUCCUCGCAGAAUUGGAAAACAUUGACGAUGAGUGCGAUCAGAAUGAUAUUGCCUUUGUCAAGAUCGAUGAUGACAAGGAGGCCAAAGAAUGGGGUAUCGACGAGAUACCAUCGAUUGUACUCUUUGAACGUGGAAUUCCACACAUCUACGAGGGUGAUCUGAUGAAAGAGGACGAGCUGCUUGGCUGGUUGGUGCACCAGAAGCGCUAUUCCGAAAUUCCCGAAGUUACUGAUGAGAUGAAGGACAAAUUGGUCGAGAACACCGAACACUUGGCAGUUAUCUUCUACGACAAGGACGAUAAGCAGGAUAUGCGCAUCCUGAAUGAACUGGAGAACAUUGACGAUGAAUUGGAGAAGGAGGGAAUCGUCAUCGUGCGCAUCGAUAAUGCCGCUGAAGCCAAAGAAUACGGUCUCGAUCAUUUGCCCGCCCUCAUCUACUUCGAGAACAAGAUCCCGGCCCUCUACGAGGGUGAUUUGAUGAAUGAGGAUGAGGUGCUCGAGUGGCUCCUGGUGCAGAAGAAGACAGCUACCAUCGAGGAGGUUACCGAUGAGAUCCUGGUCAACCUGAUCAACGAGCACGAAUAUGUCGUCGUCUUCUUCACGGGACCUUGCGAGCCCGGUGAGACUUGCGACCACACUCUGAACGCCCUCGAAAGCAUCGACGAUGAGUUGGACGAGGCUGGCAUCAUUUUUGUUACCACUGAGGAUACCGGAGUCGCUAAGAAAUACAAUGUCAAGACCUAUCCCCGAUUGGUCUUCUUUAGGAACCGUGAUCCAUUGCACUUUACCGGAGAUCUGGACGACGAGGACGAAGUGUUGGCUUGGAUUACCGACGACGAAACCCUCGAGAUUCCCGGAAAAAUCGAGGAGGUCAAUGUGAAGAUGUUGGAUAAGAUCUUGGCUGAAAACGAUCACGUUGUCGUGUUCUUCUAUGCUGAGGGCGACAAGAAGGCCCAGAAGAUCCUUAACGAGCUGGAGAAUAUCGAUGACGAGUGCGAGGAAAAAGACAUUGACUUUGUAAAGACAUCCGACGAUGAUAUUGAUAAGGAAUACGAUCUGCCCGGUCUGCCGGCACUUGCAUUUUAUAGACAUAAGUUUAGAACAAUUUACACCGGUGACCUGAUGAAGGAAGAGGAAAUUCUUGAGUGGGUUAUUGACUUGCACGAGUCUACAGCUGAUGUCAUUGAGUCCGUCGAUCGUAAGACCCUGCAGGUUUUGAUCAACGAUGUUGAGCACCUGGCUGUGUUCUUCUAUGAUGACGAAUGCGAAUCGUGUUCCGAUAUCCUGGAAGAGUUGGAGAACAUCGACGAUGACACCGAUAAGCAUGGAAUACAAUUUGUUAAAUCAAAUGACGUUAAGCUGGCCCAUGAAAUCGGCAUUUUCGCAUUCCCAGCUUUGGUCUACUACGAGACAGGCGUCCCGAUUAUGUAUGAUGGUAAUCUCAAAAAUGAAAACCGUGUGCUGCAGUGGUUAGUCAAUCAAAAGAGCAAUGAUGACGGCGAGAGUGAUGAAAAAAUUGUUAAGUUGCGCUAUCCCAAAGAAAGUGAUGAGGAUAAAAGAGCAAGACUAAAGCGUCUGCAGAAUUCGAUACGAAAUGAGAGAUUACGAAAAAAGAGACUAGACAUUGAAGAUGAUGAAAACGGGGAUGAGGAUGAAACUGGGGAGAAGGGUACUGAUAGGGAUAAGGAUGAUGAGGAUGACGAUGACGAUAAUAACGGGGAUGACGAGGAUGAUGAAGAUGGUAAUAAUGAAGAUGACGAGGAUGAAGAUGAUAAUAAUAAUGGGGGCGACGAGGACGAAGAUGAAGAUAACAAUGGGGAAGAUGAUGAAGACGAUAAUAAUGGGGAUGACGAUGACGAAGACGACAACAAUGGGGACGACGAGGACGAGGAUGAUAAAGAUGAUAAAGAUGAUAACGAAGACGACGAAGACGAGGAUGACGAAGACAAUAAUGACGACGAGGAGGAUGAUGAAGACAAUAAUGAGGACGACGACGACGAGGAUGACAAAGACAAUAAUGGAGACGACGAGGAGGAGGAUGACGAAGAAGAAAAUAAUGGGGACGACGAGGAUGAUGAAGACGAUAAUAACGGAGACGAUGAGGAUAACGAAGAUGAUACCGGGGACGAUGAGGACGACGAAGAAGAUAAUAAUGGGGACGACGAAGACGAGGACGAAGAUGACGAGGAAGAUAAUAAGGACGACGAGGAUGACGACGACAAUAAUGGGGACGACGAAGGUGAUGAUGACGAUGACGAUAAUAAAGAGAAUGACGAGGAGGACGAUGAUGAAAAUAAUGGGGACGACGAGGACGAAGAUGACGAUGAAGAUAAUAAUGAAGACGAAGAUGACGAUGAUGAUAAAAAUGGGGACAAUGACAACGACGAAGACGAAGACGAAGAGAAUGACGGGGACGACAAGGAUACAAAUGGGGAUGACGAAGAGGAUGACGAAGACGAUGACGAUGACGAAGAAGACAUUAAAAGUAAACCAAAAUAUAGACACACGGCCAGAGGUCGAACGAUACAUCGUCUUGCUGACCUCUGCUCAGGUCGGCUUAUAGAUGAAAUAGAUGACGAAUGUUUCUAUGUUGGAUUGGGUCAUGACGGCCAAUCAGCUAAGCGCGGCAACAAUUUCGUGCCCAACGAUUACAAACCAUUCCAAUGCUGUCCAACCAAAUUGGAGAAGUCAACGAAAGUUCCUAAGAUGACGGCCCAGCGGAUUGGACAUACCGAUGGCGAUCAGGGCAAGCGUCCAAUUGGCGGCGGCGGUAAUUUUCAGUUUGCCGGCUCGGCUUCCACAGCCAGCAAGUCGUCCAGCAAGCCAACGGCGACCAAGAAACAGGCCAAGCCCGCCAAGGACACCGAUGACGAUGAUGAGGACGAUGAGGACAAGCCCCUGGUAAAGGUCUCGUAUGCCAACAAACGCUCGGGAGGAAGCAACAAGCCGCAGGCUGGCAAGAAGCCAGUGGCCAAGGGCCAGGACAACGACGACGAGUCCCAGGAAGUGGAGAAGGUGUCCAAGCAGAAGUCGUCAAAGAAGUCCGGCAAGCUGAAUGUGAAAACCGGCAUUAAUUUUUUCCAAAAUCGACUAAAAAAUUUGUAUGAUAUCAUUUUUCAGGAUAUCUCUCUGUGGGAGUAAGGCAACAAUUUAACUGAAUGUGGAUAACCACAGACAGUUAAAUAGUGAUUGUAUGAUUGAAUGAUAUGCCAUACUAAAGUAGCACGUAUACGCACUGUUGUCAACCGAUAAAUCAAAUAUCAAACCACUACCAAAACCAAUACCAAAACCAACUCAAACCUGUAUAGCCACCAAAAGAACCUUCAAUGACAGGUUUCUAUAAUUAAAUGUACAUCAUCUACAUAUGUGUGACUGCAAAAGACAACAACUAUGACUAGAACCAACCAAAUAACUGAACUCGUAUGGCUGUGUGUGUCCAUAGAAAUGAGGUUCUCCCUCACCAACCUUGAAUUGUCUGGCAUUGGCACAUUUGCCAUUUUAACAAUAUCUCAUAAACUCCCGGUGCCAGAUCAGAUCAUAGUCCAUACACUUAAAAGCCGCAAAACCUAAAUCGUUGUUCCACGUUCAGAAGAUCCACGAGUAGCAGAGUCACACGUAACUCAAAAUAAUUACAAAAUAAUCAAGAAAAAAAAACGUACUAACUUAAACUUUGUUGAUAUUUUCGCUUAAACUAUUUUCAAGAGGGACCCUUCCGUGCGAGGGAAGCCCAGAUCUAUAACUAAACUAAACCAAACAUUUGUUGCAUUUUGUCAACGGAUUUCAACAACUUUGUUCAAACUAAAAGCAAUUACUUCAACAAACAACUAUCAAACUUCUGAGAACUUUCACUUGUAUAUUUAGCCAAACAAUCUUUGUUAUUAACAAAUCGAUCGGCCAUUGUCUUUUGUCAAUAACAAACAGCCUAAACUUUUUUGAUACUACUUCUUUUUGUCACAAUAUACAAUUUACAUUUAUGUAGUUAGUCUAAUUUAAACAAGAGCCAAAGCAAAACAAAACAAAACGAAACGAAACGAACAAACGGAUAAAAUAUUUUUUGAAACAAUUUACACCUGACAGUGCCAACUGUUAACUAUUUUAACUGAAACUGAAACUGAAACGUGUAACGAUGAUGAGAGCUUUCAAUUGUUUUCAUAAUAACAACAUUAAGAGCCACACUACACUUUUAUAUGAUACAGCAGCAUAUGUUGCAGCAUACUAUAAUACGUAUACUUAAUUUUGUUGUAUACUCGUUGUUAUGGAAACGAAAAUCCAAUAUUUCUCGCUGAACAAUGGCCUCGCAUACAAUGUAGCUAUGUAGUAGCUUGCCAUUUUGUUUCAUUUGUUUUCUUCUGAGAGCGAUUUCUGUACCGCUCGCUGUUGUUUUUGUUAUCGAUAUUUGAAAAAUAUCGAAUUAUAAAUCUUUAUCAUUAUGUUUUCUUAAGCUAAAGUCUAUCACUCGACACGCAAUUGUAACUAAAUCCAAAUAAAUAUAUGUAAACAAAUUUUGUUGAACAGCAGUUGUUAAGUCAAGAUCAAGCGAAUGUAUUUUUGUCAAACCAAUUUUCAAAAUGAAAAUUGUCAGAUUGUAAGAAUCAAACGCAAGUCAAACUGAAAGCCAUUUUGUAAACAUAAACUCCUGAAAGAAAUUGUAAGAAUAUUCAAUAAAAACCAUCCAACUCAAUAUAA